UCUUUGCGGAGAACUGCUCUGAAUAACAGCGACAGCUUCUCUUGCGUCCAUUUUCGAACGAGGACGUCUGCUCGAUGUCAAGAUGGCCGUCGCACGACCGAUCCGGCUGCUAGGCGCAGCAUCGAUACUCCUAGUUCUUUUCCUUAUUUUCCAGCUUCGCAAGACGGCCACGCCCCUGGUCGGCACCUUUGGAUCAGGGGAUAAGUUGGUCAAUGGCAUGAAGAAAGACCCUUUGCUAGAUCCAACGGGAGAACCAGAAGGUGUGUUAUGGCGUGCGGAGGACAACGACUAUGCCCCGGACAGCGAGAACUCUGCUCGCAUCAACGCCACCCUCCUGUCCCUCGUCCGGAACGAGGAGCUGGACGAGCUGAUCCCUACGAUGCGGGAUCUCGAGAGAACAUGGAAUCACAAAUUCAACUACCCAUGGACGUUCUUCAACGAUAAGCCCUUCACAGAGGAGUUCAAGCGACGAACCCAGGCGGAGACCAAGGCUAAGUGCUACUACGAGCUGGUACCAAAGGAACACUGGGAUGUGCCCGAAUGGAUCAACAAUGAUAUCAUCAAAGAGUCUGCGGCGAUGUUGAAGGAGCAGGGCAUCCAAUACAGCGAAAAGCUGUCCUACCACCAGAUGUGUCGCUGGAACAGUGGCAUGUUCUACAAGCACCCAGCCCUCCAAAACACCCGCUACUACUGGCGCGUUGAACCCAAGGUUCAGUUCUUCUGUAACAUCGACUACGACGUGUUUCGCUACAUGGAGGACCACAACAAGACAUACGGUUUUACGAUCAAUCUGUUUGACGCUCCCCAGAGUAUCCCGACGCUUUGGCCCGAGACGAAGAAGUUCCUUGCGGCGCAUCCCGACUACAUUUCGGACAAUAACAUGUUGGGGUGGUUGACGGACGACCAGCUACGCCCCGAUCAUACCGAGGCCGCCAAUGGUUACUCGACCUGCCACUUCUGGUCGAACUUCGAGAUCGGUGACAUGGACUUUUUCAGAGGCCAGAAAUAUGAAGAGUACUUCAAUCACCUUGACCGCGCAGGUGGUUUCUUCUACGAAAGAUGGGGUGAUGCACCUGUCCACUCGAUCGGGCUGGGUCUCUUUGAGGAUGCCAGCAAGAUUCACUGGUUCCGAGAUAUUGGUUACCGCCAUAUCCCCUACUUCAACUGCCCAAAUUCGCCCAAAUGUUCUGGCUGUACACCCGGCAAGUUCUACGCUGGUGAGCCCUUCCUGGCAAAGGAAGAUUGCCGACCAAGCUAUUUCAAACACGUCGGAACGCAUUAGUCUGCAGACUGGACCAGCCGGUAUACCUUGCUCAUGGGGGGCUCAAGCAGAGUCCUCACCCAAAAGACUAGGUUACAUCACAUCUCUUCGCUCCCUCGGCUGGGAGCCAUAUAACUCCCCCCAUCUAUUCCUCCUCCUGUCUUCAUCACACGAGGCAAGAUACGGAUG